CCUUCAGUUGUUCACACCCUGGGAAUACCACCAUGGAAAUGUUACCAGUUUUUUCCCUUUGGCUGUUUUAUUUUGGGGCAAGAGGAAGUCAGUCUCUGCUCUGUUUAAACAUAUCUUAGCCCUGGCUCGAGUGUUUUUUUAUUUUUCUCUCUUUUUUUAACCCUUCAGGAAGAAUGCUUACAACCCUGGGUUGUGUGUUUGAAUAAGAAGAGAAAUUGCAACACUCAAGGAAAAAUGGAUGACGGCAUCCCAUUCCUCUAUCCUUUUUCAGACUUUGGGUUGAACAUCGUAGGUCUUAUAUUCUUCCUCUUAGACUUGAUACUUGACAUUUGGGCAGUUGUGACUUUUUAUCAGGAGGAGGCAUACGUCAGUAUGGGAGUGCUAAUCUUCCUGUUAGUGGGAUCGUCUGUGCUGCUGCAGGCAUUCAGCUGGCUUUGGUAUAACUAUAGCUCUGAAGAAGAGAAGAAAGAGCUUGCCAAAUAUAUUUACCUGGAAAAGUACUUUCAUAAUAGAACACUACUUGGUGUACUCCAUGUGUGUCAACUGGGAGUCUUCCUCAGGUUUGCAAGCGUGAUGGAGAUCUCUCUGCGUAGCCUGACCAGUGCACAAAGAGAUGGACAGAAGCAAGGCAUCGCUGUCUUCCUGACCCAUGACCUCAGCUUGCUGCGCCUCAUCGAGACAUUCUCCGAGAGCGCUCCACAACUGACACUAAUGAUGGCUAUCAUCGCACAUAGAGAAGAUGUGGAAUGGGUCACAGGUCUAAAGACUUUGGGUUCCUUCGCCGCAAUUGCCUUCAGUGUGGUCAUGUACCACCGCGUCAUGCGCUCCUUCAGCAAGGACAAGGCCAAGAUGACCUGGAUCCCAUCUCUAGUGUACUUCCUGUGGAACUUCUUCCUGAUCGCCCCGCGUCUGGCAGCAGUGGCCCUCGCUGCCUCCACCCUGCCCGUUGGGAUGAUCGCAGUCCACUUCUUCCUCCUUUGGCUGACCUUUUUCCUAUGGGCCUGGCGUCAGAAAACAGACUUCAUGGACACCCCAGCAGGGGAAUGGCUCUAUCGGGGCACCGUAGCUCUCAUUUGGUACUUUUGCUCGUUCAAUGUGUCCAAGGACGACUCCAGGGGAAGGAGGAUCAUCUGUCAUUUCAUCAUAACAAGGAGUAUCAUGUAUCAUUUCUUCAUAGCAGUGGACAGUUUUGUCCUGCUGGGGCUGUGGUGGUGGGACUGUGUUCAGCCUUCCGUGUUUGGCAUGCCAGCAUGGGCUGUGUUCAUUUGUGCAGGUUCAUCCUAUAUAGUUGGAACCAUAGUAAAAAUUCUAUACUACAAACUAUGCCAUCCAAAUAAGAAGUCAGCCAAAGAGAAGUCAACCAUGGAAGAGUCCGAAGAUAUGCUGCCGCCGGCGCCAGCGUGCCUUCGGGAAGAGAAGCCGGGUAUGGACAUGGUGGAUUUUGCCCGAUUUAAGGCGCCAUCACCGCCGUGCCCUGGGGAAGAGAAGCCGGGUAUGGACGUGGUGGAUUUUGCCCCAUUUAAUGCGCCAUCACCUCCACCUUCACCUCCACCGAAGCCUUUGACUGGGGCUCAGAAGAGGAUGCAGAAGCUGGCUGCUAAUUUUUAAUCAUAGCACUGAAUGAUGUGUUGUUCUUUAAAAGCUUUAAGACAUAUCAGACACAUUCCACUAUAAUGUGGGUUUCAAAUACAGGUUUCUUCUUUUGCACUGUAAAUUAAUUUAUACAGCUUUUGAGAAAUUCUAAUUUGACAAUGUUUACAAAAUCAUAAUGGUUUAUUUUUUCAAGCUGUUUACUUUACUACAGGGAUCAGCAAAAGAAACAGGUGCUAGUAAGUCACCAACACUUGCAUUACUUUGUACAUAUUGUUAGAUUUUUAAAUUAAAACUUCUAAUAUAUUUUAAUAAAUGCUUUAAUUUUUA